GUUCAGGACCCAUAAUAAUCACAGCCAUUCCUCAUCCAUCUCCAAAUUCCGAUUCCUUCUCAUUUCCCACCAAUGGCGAGAGCCUUCUUGGGCUCCACGCAUUCCUCUUCCCCACUAAUCGCUUUACGCUUCUCUUCCUUUACCCCAUCAUUCAUAACCAAUCAACGACGCCGCUCCCUUCGUCCCACCCCCGCCACCGUCCUCGCUAUGGCGGAGCUUCCGUCGGAGAAGCGCAUUCAGCCCCACCCUUCGCUGGAGGUCCUCGGCGGAGGCUGCGAUCGUUUCCUCCCAGCUUUUAAGGACUUGGAUCUUCCCUAUAAGCCUUUCCCUGUAAUUGGGUCGAAUCGCCAUUUAGAGACAAUUUUUGCUUCCUUCUUUAGGACUUGCCCCAAUGUCAAGCUCCGCCGGGAGUGUCUCCGUGCAGCGGAUAACGGUACCGUUGCUCUCGACUGGGUCGCCGGUGACGAUCUCCGUUUGCCUCUUGAUUCUCCUGUUCUUAUUCUUCUGCCUGGUUUAACAGGAGGGAGUCAAGAUUCAUAUGUAAGACACAUGUUGGUUAGAGCCAGAGAUCGUGGGUGGAGGGUUGUGGUUUUCAACAGCCGCGGAUGUGGGAAUAGCCCUGUUACCACUCCCCAGUUCUAUUCGGCUUCAUUUUUAGGAGAUAUGCGUGAAGUAGUUGCGCUUGUUACUCAAAGAUAUCCCAAGGCUAAUGUAUAUGCUGUUGGCUGGUCUCUUGGUGGUAACAUUCUUGUUAAUUAUUUGGGACAGGAUUCCCUGUCCUGUCCAUUGUCUGGUGCUGUGUCUUUGUGUAAUCCAUUCGAUUUAAUAGUUGCAGAUGAGGACUUUCGCAAGGGCUUCAACAAUGUUUAUGACAAGGCCCUCGCUCGAGCUUUACAUAAAAUUUUCAACAAGCAUGCUGAUCUCUUCAAUGAUAUGCCUGGUGAAUUCAAUAUUCGCUUGGCUGCCAAUGCUAAAACUGUUAGAGACUAUGAUAAUGCCUUAACUCGCGUUUCAUUUGGUUUCAACUCCGUGGAUGAAUACUACUCAAAGUCUAGCAGUUCAAAAUUCAUAAAAGACGUCAAAAUUCCAUUGCUUUGUAUCCAGGCAGCAAAUGAUCCAAUUGCUCCAGACAGAGGAAUUCCCCGCGAAGAUAUAAAGGAAAAUCCGAACUGUUUGUUAAUAGUAACACCGAAAGGUGGGCAUCUAGGGUGGGUUGCAGGCCCCGGCGCUCCCCUCGGUUUUCCUUGGACCGAUCCUUUCGUGAUUGAUUUCCUCGUGUAUCUGGAAAACCACACAGCGAAAGCCUCUGCAUCUUCUAUAGGUUUAACACCUGCAGAGGUAAUGACGUAGCGAUUGAUAGUGACAUCUAUGAGCACAGGUAGAAACAUUGAAAAUAGUGGUUAGCCAUCCUCAGUAGUUGAUUUGUGAGAUGAUUAAACAUAAUGCCAUGUAUAGAUUAGUUAAAAGUAUAAAAUGUAGGUUGAGUAUUCUUUGUUUUCCUUUCAAAAGGAGACAGAGAAAUGGCAUUCUUUAUUUGUGCAUUUCUCCAGCCACCCUUUUAGCUAGUGUUUAUCUUGGUAAUAUGUUUUGUAAUGUUCAGAGAUCUUUAUUUUUUUUAUUGUCUUUGCUUGGCUUCCAUACAAGA